AUGUGCCUCUGCUCGUUCAGCUUUCAGCCGUUCCUGCCGCAAUGGGCGUCGACGUGCGCCCAGAAAGCCGAAGCCCGCAAGCUCGCAGCCGCCAAGUUGUCACGGUCGAGACGCAAAGUACGCGCGACGCGUGCGUGGUGCGACAGCCUCAUCUACUCGAAUCUCGUGUACGCGCUAGCGGCGGUCUUCUCGUUCAGCUGCGAUCAGAACGUCUGCGGCGUACUGCAGAUGAGCGCCGCCAUUGCGUCCACCAUGUUCCACCGGUCGAAAGAGACCAAGUAUCUGUUGCUGGAUGCGUUCAUCAGCGGUACUCUGGGGUUCAUCUUUAUCUUUGCUGGCCAACACACGCUCUCGAAUGCGUGGUACGGCAUUCUGACGGCUAAGCUGCUGCUCGCCUCGCUCUGUGCCUUCACGUGGCUGUAUUGCGGUAUGCCUGGCGGGGAGCGCUAUGACAAGUGGCACAACCGCUGGCACUACGUCUCGGGAGCGACCACGAUCUCAACGACGCUGUUCUUGACCAUGUACUUGCCCGAGUUCGACCUACUCCUGCAUGAACUCGUUCAGGAUAUGAUGAGUGUCAGGAGUAUGUUUCUCUGA